CGGGCGGGGGAUGGAGGAGUUGCUGCCGGUGCUGAGGCGGCGCCAGUGAGAGGGGGAGGCUGGCGGGGCGCCUGCGAGCCCUCCCCCGGGCUGGCCGGCCGGCCGGGCUGCUUCUCCUCACCUUAGUUCACCUCCUGCAUGCCGCCAGUGCCAGGGGCGCUGUGCAGCGGGGCAGGGGCCGCCCGCCAUGGCCGAGGCAGGAGCGGAGAGCGCCAAGGGGGCCGAGGAAGAGCGGCGGGCCGCUGAAGAUAAUUUCUCAAUAGAUGGAAACCCAUGCAUUGGUUCUGGAGUCCCCAGCCUCAUGAAUCCAGUAACUAAGCCUGCUACAACCACUUCUUUCAACAGUUCUGUGGCUGAGAUUCCAAGGAAGCGCAAAGGAAGUGAUUCUGAUAACCAGGAUACGGUUGAAGGUGAUGGUGAUCCUCAGAAAAGGAAUGAAGAUGAAGAACAUGUUAAAAUAAAAGAUUUCAGAGAGGCUCACAGUCAAACAGAGAAACGAAGAAGAGACAAAAUGAAUAAUUUGAUAGAGGAAUUGUCUGCUAUGAUACCUCAGUGCAAUCCCAUGGCAAGAAAGCUAGACAAGCUUACAGUGUUACGGAUGGCUGUGCAACACUUAAAAUCCUUAAAAGGUUCCACUAGCUCCUAUACAGAAGUCCGAUAUAAACCUUCGUUUCUCAAGGAUGAUGAGCUCCGGCAGUUAAUCCUUAGGGCUGCAGAUGGAUUCCUAUUUGUGGUCGGAUGCAACAGAGGAAAAAUUCUGUUUGUCUCAGAAUCAGUUUGCAAAAUACUUAAUUAUGAUCAGGCCAGUUUAAUUGGACAAAGUUUGUUUGAUUAUUUGCAUCCCAAAGAUGUUGCAAAAGUUAAGGAGCAACUUUCUUCUUCAGAUGUCUCUCCUAAGGAGAAGCUCGUAGAUGGGAAAACCGGCUUGCAAGUACACACAGAUUUUCAAGCUGGACCAGCUCGACUGAAUUCUGGUGCUCGACGUUCCUUCUUCUGUCGCAUAAAAUGUUGUAGAACUGCAGUCAAAGAAGAAAAGGAAUGCUUGCCUAACCCAAAGAAGAAAGAUCACAGAAAAUACUGUACCAUUCACUGUACGGGUUAUAUGAAGAACUGGCCUCCUAAUGAGGUGGGAGUAGAAGAGGAAACUGACAUAGAAAAGAACAGUAGUAACUUUAACUGUCUUGUUGCAAUUGGGAGGUUACACCCUUACAUUGUUCCACAAAAGAGUGGAGAGAUAAAAGUCAAAGCAACAGAAUUUGUGACACGAUUUACCAUGGAUGGAAAAUUUGUUUAUGUAGAUCAGCGUGCAACAGCAAUUUUAGGGUAUCUGCCACAAGAACUUCUAGGAACUUCUUGUUACGAGUACUGCCAUCAAGAUGAUCACAAUCAUCUAGCUGAAAAACAUAAAGAAGUGUUGCAGAAUAAAGAAAAAGUAUUUACAAAUUCCUACAAAUUUAGAGCAAAAGAUGGGACUUUUGUUACUUUAAAGAGUCAGUGGUUUAGUUUCGUGAAUCCAUGGACCAAAGAGCUGGAGUACAUUGUAUCAAACAACACUGUGGUAUUAGGUCAUAACGAGUCAGCUGAAGAACAGGUCCCUUACGGCUCCCAGCCUGCAGAAGACGCUGUAAAACAACCUUUAGUAAAUGUACCCGGAAUGUCCUCUGGAACAGUCCUUGGUGCUGGAAGUAUUGGAACUGAAAUUGCAAAUGAAAUACUAGAGUUGCAAAGGUUGCAUUCUUCACCAUCUGGGGAGUUAAGUCCAUCACAACUCUUGAGAAAGUCACCUUCUCCAGCUUUAACUGUAAACUGCAGCAAUGUGCCAAAUAAAGAGUUGAUUCAGUUAUGUCCUUCAGAAACAGAAGUUUUAGAGACUUCAGAACAAAACCAGGGUGCUAUUCAAUUUCCCAAUAAUGAACCUCUCCUCGGUGGCAAUUCUCAGCUGGACUUCGAUGCAAUAUGUGAAAAUGAUGACACUGCUAUGACGGCUCUUAUGAAUUACUUGGAGGCUGAUGGAGGGCUGGGGGAUCCAGCCGAACUCAGUGACAUACAGUGGGCUCUCUAGUUCUGCUUUUUCAGAAUAAGAAGGAAUGUAAAAUCCAUAAUGCACAACAACCGUACAUCCUCAGUACUGUAUUAUAAUUUUUGAUGUUUCAUUUGAAUUGAUACUUACUGUCUAUAUAUUUUUAAAGACUGAAGCCUUGUUCAGAGAGACAGUUUCUGCUGCACCUAUGGAAAAAUGCAAUAUUUUUUUCAUGAUGGGGAAACCUUGACAUUUUAAUAUUGAACCAUCUGUAACUGGAAUGCUUAAAACACAUUACUAUAUUUUUGCUAAGAAGCUUUAAACAAAAGGUACCAUACAAUGUACAGGAAUAUUUUUUCUUAGUUUUAAUACUUAAACUUUUAUUUAUUAUUUUAUUAUUUUGUUUCAGAUGGUAAAAUAUUGAUUAUUUACUUUCUGUAGAACCUACUGUACUUACACGGUUUAAGAAUAUUUGUAACUAUUAAGUUCAAUUGAAAUACUGAUUUGUGUACACCACGGUUGUAGAAUAAGGUAUUUUAAUUCUCAAAUGAUGCAGUUUGUGAUUCCUUGCCAGUUUCAGAAGUGCCAUUUUUAUAGUCAAAAGUGAAUACAAAGCCUACAGUUCUGGGAGCAAAGAUUUGAAUUAGAUCACCAUAACAAUCAGAAUAGAAUAUUCUGAGAAAAAUAGUCACUUCCCCAUUAUGCAAAUAUGAUAAGGAUAUAUGCAAAGCGCAACAAAAUCUUAAUUACUAUUUUGUAUUAUUUGUACUGUAUUAUUAGAGAGGCAGUGCAUAGAACCUAAGUAAUGCUUCAGCUGUAAUAAGGCACUUCGGUCUUGUCGCAGGUUGCUUACUAACUAGAGAAGUUUGGCUAGAUUGUCUUGGUUUCAGAGCGAGGCCAGCACUAUCUGUUAGUGAAAAAAUGUUAAAAUUCUAUAGUAUCCUUUAUAGUCUUUAUGUUUUUGGAGGGAUUAGGGUGAUUUUCUAUUGCUUGAAUCUGUGACUUUUACAAAUGGUUGUGUAAUAUAGUGCUGUCUGUAAGUGAAUGCAAAAUAUAGGAUGAUCCUUUGGGGGACAGCUUUUGCAAGAAUUGUAUCCCAGUUACAACAAAUUACUCAAGAACAUGGCACUUAAUAGGUUGUAUUGGAACUUUAGAACUAUAUAGCAUUAGUAUAUAGAGUGGAUCUUUUUAUCUCUGCUAUUAAAGGUUUAGACAAAUUUUUGCAUUCGUUAUAUAUCAUAAAAGCGUAGUUUUUCUGUUGUUGGGGUUUUUUGUUUGCUUGUUUGUUUUUUAAUUCAGGUGAUGAAAGCAUUUGAAGCUAUUUGAUACAUGUGCAUAUUUUUAAUACAGAAAUUUAAACGUAGGUACUACCAUAAGCACUAUGGCAUUUAUUUUAAUACUAAAGGUGAGCAAUAGGCAGCCUGUUUCAGAACUUGUUACGAACAAAUAGAUGUGGCACCCACUAGAGGUCACGCUUCUACUGUUGGAUAAUUCCCCUUUCCUGAAUGAAGGCAGAGUUUUGUCAUGCACUGAUGUCCUAUGCUUUGACAGAGCAGCUUUAUAUCUUGUAGAUAUGAAUCAUUUUGCAAAUGAUGAAUUUUUUGGUGACAUCCAGAUUUUCUAGAAUGGCUUGUUGGAUUGAUUUUUUUUUUUUUUCAAUUGAACUUGCAUGUGAUUUCCUGCAUUCAACUUUUCUUUACAGACUUGUGGCCAAAAUUAACUGUCUCUAAGUUUAGUAGAAUAAACUUUCCUGUUUCUUCACAGAAAAUGAAUUUUGGACAAUAUCAUGGAGCAAAGUGAAAAAAAUAAACAGGUACUUUCUAAGAAUUGAUAGAAUUCUAUUUGUGUAAAUGAAAUUUGAGAAUUUCCAUUUUUGCCCUUGCAAAAUGAAAUUUUUUUCUAUUUUAUUCUAGAAAGAAAAUCUAAAUAAAACAAGAAAUACUGUACCUAACACAGAUAGAGGAGUAAAUAAAUAGCUUAAAAUUAGACAGACGUUCCUCAACAUAGUUUCUUUUUGAACUGGAUUAGUUUGAAAAUGGUGCAGAUGUUGUUAUUGAAGAAGCAUAUUAAUUAUUUCAAAAUAUUUAUAUAACUGUCUAGAGUCAAACCACUAUUUUUUGAUUCUUCUUGGAUUUCCCUAAAAAAUAAACCCAAAAAUGUAACUUUGAGUCUUUUGCAGUCAAUGAUCAAUAUUGUGGCUCUCAAUUAAUUUAUUAGAUUCUCCCAUUACUCUUUGUGAAUUUCCUUGGCUUAAAGCACUCUUACAAGAAAAAGUGUCACUAUCAUCAUUUAUGAUGAAAUGAAUAAAUAUUUUUGAAUACA